AUGCAGCAACAUGUGCUUGAAGCCAUCACGGCUGUCGGCAUGGCGUUCGGGAUAUUCGGGAAUGUGAAUGUUAUUGUGGCGAUUUGCAGGAAGAAGGUUUUGAGGACUAAAGGAGCCAUGUUUGUAAUGAUCCUGGCGAUUGCUCACUUGGUGUGUAACAUUUCAGAAGUGAUCGGACUCAUUUUACAGUUUCGAUUCCGAGCAAUGUCCAAAAAAACAUGCUUCGAGUAUAACAUUCUAUACAAAUUUGCGGUCAUGUUCCAGUCGGCACUCUAUUUGUCAAUGGCUAUGGAUAUUUGUUUUAGUAUAGUUCUUCCGAUAAAACACAUGAUAUGGAAAAAGCGAAACUAUGUCACCGCCAUGUGCAUCUUCCCGGCUGUUUUCGCCACCUCCACCACUGUCGUCAGUUUUCUCUUCAUACCCGACGAGGAGAUCCCUUACUGCAUUUUUAUGUUAACAACAGACAUGCGGAUAUAUCAAAUGGUGUCCAGCGCGUUAAUUGCAUUGAACACACUCACAGUGAUCAUAAUUGUGCUUUCAGUGGUUUGUGCAGUUCGGAAAUCUGAAAACAUGCGUGGUAGCCGACAUUCUAGCAGUUCGCGUACAAACAGUCUUCGUGAAGAUAAGAGUAAAGUAUUUCGAUCUACAUUCUUUUUGGUUUUGAUCUACAUUGUCUCCUGGUGGUCAGUUGUUGUAAUCUUCCGAAUUAUGACUGAAGUGGUCUCCGAUCUUAGCGAAGCAGCUCAAUAUAUGCCUUAUCUGAUCAUUAUCGUGAUGCCCAACUUUUGCCAAGCCUACUAUGUUACCUAUUUCCGAUCGCCUCGAUUCAGAAAAGCGUUCCGUGAACAGUUCCAUUGGAUUACUUGUGGGCACGCGUUUCCGAAGAUAUUUGAUAAGGAGAGAAGCAGGGGAAGCAAGCAUGGAAGUGCCACUAACUCUGCAAAUUGCCCACAGGCACAUACGGAUUCUGAUGGGAAGAAGAUUCGGAAUGGGAGCCAGAAGUCUAUACGGUUUUCCGUUCAAGCUGAUGUUUAA